AUGAUCCCCGACGUGAAGCUGCGGAGCUGGCUAUCGCGCAAGGACCGCAAGGACGGCGCGGAGGACUCUCCGCGGGGCAGCGCCAGAGAGCCGUCCGGGAAAGGCAGGGAGAAGCAAGGUGGGGGGACGGGACUCGACAGACUGGGUGCAGUGGGUGCGGAUGCCGCGCGCGGUAAGUCUGGCGCGGCGGCGGGCGAGCAAGCGGUGCCUUCAGCGGAGAGCGACGUGCCGCGCUCCGCCUCAUCCGACGCGUCCUAUGCGCGCAACCCGCGCGCCGACAUUGCACGCGAUAUGCCGCCGGGGGGCGCGAUGAGCCCUACGGACGAGGAGUUGGAGCGCGCUAUGGCGGAGAUGGGCUGCGCAGGCGGGGGGCUAGGGACGGGGGGAGGGAGUUCCGCGCAAGCAGGAUCGCCGAGCGGGGCGGUGACUCCGCGAUCACGGCGUGAGAUAUGGAAAUGGCGGAGGAGUCGCACGACGGCGCUACCGGUGGGCGGCACGGUGGGCCGGGGGAACGCGGCCGCGCUGCGCGGGUGGCUGGACCGCGAGAGCUCCUUCGCCAGCUCCACCGGCGGAGAGUCCGCCAGCGGGGCCUCCGCCGUGGGCUCUGAGGGCACCGCGGGGGGCGGAGGAGCAGGAGGAGGGAAGAGGGAGGCGGAAGACGGCGGAGGGGAGCAGAACGGGGGAGGGGAGGCGGGUGCGGGGGGCGGGGCGGCAGGCAGCGGGUGGAAGCGGUGGCGGCUUUCGCGGCAGCUGGGGUUCGCGGCGGAGGACGUGCGGCUGAUGCGCGAGUUCCUGGCGCACCGCGACGCGUGGGUGGCGCUGGAGGCGAGCCCGUCGACGCGCUUCUACGUCUUCGACUACAUGCAGAGCGUCCGCUCUGGCGCUUACCCGCGCGUGCUCGCCGUGAGGCCUCACCCUCACCGCGCAUGCAUGCCGUGCCCCUCCAUUUGA